CGCUGAUUCGACAUUCCGACGAAGUGCGCGCCGCGGAACACUCGCGUCACCACUUUAGUGUAUCACGUCUCGCGCAAAUACACAUUAACUUUCGUGCUAAUUCAUAAAGUACCCUAUACGUUGUCAAUCGGACUAUUAACAAGAGUGAAUUGAAGUAUGUGAUUUAAAUUAUUAUUUAAAAGUUUUUCGCUUUAUUUGUUUAAAAAUUAACGCAUUGUAUCGCAUAUGGUUUUAUGCGAAAUGAGUCAGUGUUCAAAAGAUUUAAAUUGUUUACAACAACAGCCGAGUUUGUGGAAUGUCUGCUAUUGAAGAUCGUGAAAUCGGAUAGAAAAGUUUUAAAAUAGAAUGCGAUUUUGAAGUUCUUUGUUAUGGAAUAGAAGCUUUAUAGCGUCAUAUUGUGUUUGAAAACAUCUAUUUAUGUUAUGUAAAUAGAGCACAUAGUUGUAACCAACAUGAUUAGCAGCUGGAGUCGGCGACUAUUAUCAGUGGUGAGCGGAUUCGUUGUAAUAUGCGCGACCGCAACUGCGUUCACCACUGCUGCUACAGAAACUCAAACAGAUGCUUACGAAACGGAAGGUCCAAUCAUCGAACCAUCUCUAAAAGAAAUAGUUUUAGAAAAAGGUCAAAAUUUUACAAUAAAAUGCAAAGGAUUCUCCGAAUUGGAUUUUAAACAACAAGAUAUACCGGAAGAAGUUGUUGGAUCGCUUUUUAACAAAAGUGUAACAACGGUAACGAAUUCAGACGAUAAAUAUAAAUACCAAAUUGAACUGAACUUGUACGACGUCGAUCAAUUUGCAAUCGGGUACUACGCUUGUUUCGAUAACACUCUUGAGGCAGACGAUUUAUUAAACAAUUUAAUGGAGGAACCAAAAGAUACUGAACACGUUACAUAUAUUUAUGUCUACGUUAACGGCACAAAUAGCGUGUUCGCACCCAUGAGGGAGGUCGUAAAAACGGGAAACGGGUCAAAGGUCGUAAUAGAAUGUAGACCUACGACACCAGAUAUAAAAAUGACACUUAUGGGGGACUUUCCAGACUAUGAGCAUUACGAUCCCAAAAUUGGUUUCACGGUCGAUAGCGAUUAUAUGUUAGAUCUCCCGAUAGUUCUUGUGACCUGUGACGCUAAGAGAGGAGAUCUCGAAGACUCAAAAGACAUUGUUGUACAUAAACGUAGGAUGGAUAGUAACAAGACACCAGAAUUUAUAAAGUAUUCUCCAAAGAUUGGAUAUGUAGUCAAAGCGAAUAGGGUCGCUUCUUACCAAUGCGAGGGACUCCGCGGAACGAAAUCGUAUAAGAAAACUACACGUAUGUUGACAAAUAUUCCACCGCCCCAACCACGAAUAAUUGGUGGUUUACCAUAUUUUCUGAGCGGAGAAACAUUUUCUCUAAAUUGUACUGUCGAGUAUCAAAGUAACUCUGCUUUGGCGUUAACUUGGAGAACACCAAAUGUCGCAUCGAAGAUCCAACAUAAAACUAAUGAAAAUGAAACUACAGGUGGAAUAUUGUAUAGCAACAUAACGAUACUAAAUGCUAAUGUUGAAGACGCGGGAAAUUACACCUGUAUAUCCAAAAAUAGCUAUGGACAGAACACUGCUUCGUUUAAAAAGUUAUAUUUAGAAACUGGUUUUAUUAAAUUAGAAAUUGGUGGUAGAAAGAUUAAUCCAACUGAAACGAAUCAAAGGCUUAUCCAGUUCAUGUAUUACUUACAAGAUUAUCCAACGGCUCGAAUUACUUGCUACUGUGACGGCAAAGAAAUACAUUCGAAUAAAGUUAAAUAUGACAUAAAACGACCUACAACGGGUAAACUUACACUGACUAUACGAAAUUUAACUGUAACGGACACAGCAAACUAUACAUGUGUGGCCACCAAUGACUAUGAUUCGAAGAAUGUUACACGUGAUUUAAGAGUCAAAGCUGCCCCAGUAGUAGACUUUGGGAUACCCGAUGAUAUCAAGUCCGUAGAGGGUACAAUUGCCAACUUAAAAUGCAAGGCAACUGGUUAUCCCACGCCUAGCGUUGAGUGGAUAUUUACUAGUGAAUCAGGCGAUCAGCAAAUGUUAUUGCCAAGCAAUACUUUAUCAACGUUGAUUACAACAACUUCGUAUGUUCAAAUACCUGUACGAGUAUCUGGAAACAUCUCAUGCAAGGCAACGAAUAGUUUAAAUUCAUCGACAAAAUCGAGAAAAUUUAUAGUACAAGAGCUUGUCGGUGGUUUCGGUAUCAAAGACAUCGAUCGAACUUGGUUCUAUGAAAGUCAGAAUGUUGUUUUGACUUGUGUCGCAUCUGUAUAUGAUUUCGCUAAUUUAACAUGGAUUGGAAUUGACGAUAUGGAAAUUUUAGAUUCCGUGGAAUUUACAAACAAUUCGUUUUCUUACGUUGCAAAGUUAAAAUUAAAUAAUAUAUCGCCGCAAAAUGCUGGCAACUAUACAUGUAACGCGGUAAGAUAUGAUAAUACUGAGGAGAGUCAAUCGAUAUUUAUAACAGUUGCAGCAAAACAACCGCCAAUUAUUACGGAACCUUUAAAGGAGAAGAAUGAAGAGGUGUACCCAUAUCAACCGUUGCAACUGACUUGCCAGGCCGAAGCUGUGCCACCGCCACGCAUCGAAUGGUAUAAGGAUGGAAACCUCUUAUUGAACGAAACGAAUACUGAUAUUAUCACAGAAAUGUUGGACCACAGUAGAAUAAAUUCCAGUGUUGUAAUCAAACAAAUGCUCGAGGAGAACAAGGGGAGAUACGAGUGCGUUGCUGUCAACGAAGACGAAAUUACGAGAGAAUAUUUUAAUAUUGCUAUUAAAGAAAAAUCUACCAACAAAGCGGCUUACUUGAGCGUUAUUGGAGGAAUUGUUUUCGUAUUGUUACUCUUGAUCGUUUAUCUCGUUUGGAAGAUACGCAAGGAGAAACAAUUCAGGAAGGAACUGGCGGCGGCUGGACUCUUGUACUUCGAAGAAGGAGUUACAAAGUCCUUAAACCCUGAUAUAGGCAUCGAUGAGCAAGCUGAGCUUCUACCAUACGACAACAGAUUUGAAUUCCCAGCUGAGAAACUUCUUUUAGGUAAGCAGCUAGGUGCAGGCGCUUUUGGUGUCGUGUACAAGGCAGAAGCUCGUGGAAUAAUAAAUGCAGAAGAGACUACAGAAGUAGCUGUGAAAAUGGUGAAGAAGACCGCAGACAAUAUGUACAUUAAGGCUCUAGCAACGGAGCUCAAGAUAAUGGUACAUCUAGGAAAACAUGUUAAUAUUGUUAACCUUCUCGGAGCGUGUACCAAGAAUGUAGGAAAACGAGAGUUAAUAGUGAUAGUUGAAUACUGCAAGUUUGGCAACAUUCACAACUACCUACAGAAACAUCGUGAGGUCUUCAUUGACCAGCUAACUGACAACAAGGAUAAGAAUCUCGGUAAAGUCAACAAAGGUUUCUCUUGCAGCAGCGGAAGUAGUGCGUUCCAUUCAGACUACUUCAGCUCCAAUCAUACGCAAGAAACCGAUAAUACAUUCCUAAAUACUGGAAAUACCAACAGAUCUGGGAGAAAAGUAUCAGAGACGGGCUACGUGCAGCCGGAGUGGCGGUCUAACUAUGAGAGUGACUACAGCGACGGUCGCGCACCUCGCCCGCUCUUCUCCCGCGACUUGCUCGCCUGGGCAUUCCAGAUCGCGCGAGGUAUGGAAUACCUCGCUAGUAGAAAGGUACUACACGGCGAUCUGGCAGCACGCAACGUGUUAUUGGCUGAGGAUAACAUCGUCAAGAUAUGCGACUUCGGUCUCGCGCGUAGCAUUUACAAAAAUGACGAAUACCAAAAGAAAGAAAACGUAAGCCUUACUACAGACCGCAUAUUCUCAACGCAGUCCGACGUUUGGUCUUUCGGCGUGGUGCUGUGGGAGCUGUUCUCAUUGGCAAAAACGCCUUACCCUAACAUCAGCCCACCAAGUCUACUGCAGCGGCUCUCUGAAGGCCAUCGUUUGGAGAAGCCGAUGUAUGCGGAUGACCGUCUGUACGAAGUGAUGUUACGUUGUUGGGCUCAGAAACCCACCGCGCGGCCCUCCUUCACUCAGCUACAAGAGAUACUUGGUGAAUUCCUUGAAGAUAACGUUCGAAAUCAUUAUGUGGAUCUGAAUUCUGCAUACAUCGAUAUGAACGUGAAAGCGGAGGGUCAGGAAGACUAUUUAGCAAUGGUUUGCGCGCCUGACUACAACAACCUGGUGACACCGAGCCCGCACCAAUACGUCAAUGACAGUAGGAGUUUCUUCCCACCUACACCUACGCAGUUACAGCACGACGAUGAAGGUUACUUACAAAUGAGUCCAGCAACACAACAAACAAUAUUCAGUCCGCGAGCUACGGGUACUAAAUUCGAUUUCGACGCAAGAAAACUGAACCCACGUACCGAAGCAACGACUCACGGCUCCGAACUCACACCCAUGUUGACACUCAACAAUUUACCAGCAAGAAGUGGUUCAGAGUCGGACCAUGAUGGUAAUUCAUCACCGUAUCUUAAUAUGUGUCCACGUAUUGAAGAAGAAUCUGACGAUGUAUUCGAGACGAAACAGAAUCUUAAGAAUAUUCAAAAUAGCGCUGUCAGCAACCCAACGUACAUAACAUUCGACGUUGACCUUGAAAAGAAACCGAUGAAUACAAAUAAUUACAUAAAUGUACCAAAUGGUCUAGUCAAAUAAACCCCGUAUCAGUAGAUUCUCGGCAUAAUUUCUAAUCUUAUUUUGAUCUCUACGCCUUUUCUAUACUUUCUUGCUCAUUCUUGAUUAUCAAAAACUUUAAUUUUAAUCAAAUACCUACUGAUAUGUAACAAUUGUAUUUUAAAUUUGUUUCAAAAGUUACAUUUAAUUUAAGGUUUGCGUUUGAGAGAUUAAGUUAUUACAGAGAUGUGAUAUUUUAUUGUAAGAUGGAACGGAAAAGAAUUUCGCUAUGUAUUAGUUUUUAUUUGCUAUUUUAGAAUUAAAUGACCCACCCCCAUGUUAAAUUUAUGUUUUAUAUUUAAGUCAUAU